GCACAGAGAGUCGCUUAUAAAAGGAACCCGAAGUGAUGAUCAGCCACAGACACCGAGGCAGUCUGGGAGUCAUUGUCUUUCCGUGUCUUGACCGGCACAACACCACAGAAAAGAUGAACUUGUUUGCUGUUUUGCUCUGCGUGUUUUUAGCAGACAUUCAGAGUUCACAGGGCCGGACGUUCCCCGUCCCGCUGCCCGCCUCCCACACUCCCAAUGGUGUGAUGCUUCCAGGAUGGCGAGACGGCAACGAACGUAGCAAAACUGAUGGCAACACACUACCUGUCAAGCCCAGGAUCUUUAACGGCACUGAAGCGGAAAAACACGAGUUCCCGUGGGUGGUCGAACUGCAGCUUUAUAACACCACACAGAAAAAGUAUAGACACCAGUGCGGUGCCUCCGUGAUAGACGAGUGGUGGAUAAUGACCGCCGCCAACUGCGUUGACCUUUCCUCUUUAAUCACAGAGAUCAGUAACGACUUGGAAGUGCGGAUCGUAGCCGGUGAACAUAAAUUAUCAGAAGUUGAAGUUGGAGAGCAGCACCGUGAGGUAAAAAACAUUGUCAUACAUCCUGGGUGGGACAAUGUUACAUUAGAGAAUGAUAUUGCCCUCUUGAAGCUGUCAGAGAAGCUGGAACUGGAUGGAAAGACUGUCGCUCCCAUCAGUCUGCCAACAUCACAAACCAACUCCACAGGUAAAUGUGUGAUGGCGGGCUGGGGCAGAACAAAUUACGAAAGCAACACACUCUCUGACGUGCUAAAGAAGGUUACGGUACCAAUAGUUCCAGACGAGCAAUGCAGAAAGAAAUACGAUAUCCUUCAUGAAAAGGUACUCGAUAGUAUGAUCUGCGCUGGAUACGAAAAGGGUGACGAGAAUGCUUUCCAGGGUGAUAAUGGCGGCCCCCUCGUCUGUCAGGGAAAGAAUAAAAACAUUUUCGUGGCUGGCGUGGCUUCCUGGGCCUAUGGAUUUAUAAUGAAAUCCUUUCCUGACGUUUACACUGAGGUGAGCUACUUUGUUGACUGGAUCAAUGAGGUCAGGAAUCAGGAGUCGUUGCAACACUGACCCAUGCGACCCAUCACGGCAAGGAUGGAAAGAACACAGACGACUCUGGAAUGCAAAACACCGCCACCCUCAGUCCCAAAACCAUCAUCUUCCAUUGGCAAAGACACCAUGGAGGACCACUCCUCAAACUACUUCACAUAUCAUAUCACAAUACACUCUUUCAACACGUGCCUGCAUGUGUCAGUCGCUUUUAAGUAUUGGAACCUUUAAUUGCUUGUACAGUGAAUGUCUCAGGCUUGGAAUCUUUGUCUCUCUUCUGCGACAUUUGCAAAACUAAUACACUGACCACAAUCCUACGGCAUGAUAUAGACGUGAAAUAAAGUCUCAGCAUAA